AGGAAAAUAAAAAAUUGGGUUGAAUUAGUAAGAAAAAUGUUGAGGGGAAAAGCCGCAAGAAAGAAAAGAAAAUGUGGGGCGGAAGAGGGAGAAUGAAGAACAUGUGGGGUGGUCUUUGAUACAAAUAAAAUCCCAGAUUACGCGCAUCUCCUCCCAAUUGACCAUUUUGAAUUUCUCAUUUCUUCUUCACCCUUCUUUCUGUUUCUGUCUGUCUAUAAUAAGCUCACCAACGCCCAAGUAUACACUUUUUUUUUUCUGACUCUGACUCUGACUCUGACUAGCCCUCCAUUCCUUUUCAUUCUCUUUUUUUUUUUAUCGUUUUCUCGCCGCAGAUCCCUUCUUCUCUGUCUCUCUGUUUCUUCUUCUCGAUCUGGACCCUUCGAUGCUGUGGUUUUGCUUUCUUUGACUUCAACUCUGCUUUUGUUUUUGUUGGUGGGGACUUGUGACCACUGACCUUCUUACCAUGGGCCAGUGUUAUGGAAAGACCGUCCCCACCGUCCGCGAUUCUGAUGGAGCCAUCACAACUGUUAUCUCCGUUCCCGAUCAUCCUUUGCCGCAGACGCCAGUCAACAACAACAAUUUUCCGUCUGUGAAGAACACUCCCGCUCGAUCGUCUGCGAACAGUCCAUGGCCUAGCCCUUACCCCCAUGGUGUAGCAGCUGUGACGCCGUCACCUGCCAGGUCUACGCCUCGAAGGUUCUUCAAACGACCUUUUCCUCCGCCGUCUCCGGCAAAGCACAUCAAGGCGUCGCUUGCCAGGCGAUUUGGCCAUGCGAAGCCGCCCACGGAGGGGCCAAUUCCCGAGGAUGGUACAGCUGACCCUGAUCAGUCGUUGGACAAGAAUUUUGGAUACAACAAGAAUUUCGGUGCAAAGUUUGAGUUGGGGAAAGAGAUCGGCCGUGGGCAUUUUGGUCACACCUGUCAUGCCAAGGGAAAGAAAGGAGACCUUAAGGACUUGCCUGUUGCUGUCAAAAUCAUCUCCAAAACCAAGAUGACCACAGCCAUCUCCAUCGAAGAUGUGCGGCGGGAGGUGAAAAUUUUGAGGGCUCUAUCAGGCCACAAACAUCUUGUGAAAUUUCACGAUGCUUGUGAGGAUGCUAAUAAUGUGUACAUAGCAAUGGAAUUGUGUGAAGGAGGAGAAUUACUUGACAGAAUAUUGUCAAGAGGGGGUAAAUAUUCAGAGGAUGAUGCCAAAAUUAUUAUUGUUCAAAUUCUAAACGUAGUUGCAUUUUGUCAUCUCCAAGGUGUGGUCCACCGAGACCUGAAGCCUGAGAAUUUCCUUUUCACCUCCCGAAAUGAAGAUGCUGAUAUGAAACUUAUUGAUUUCGGGCUUUCUGACUUUAUAAGACCAGAUGAAAGACUUAAUGAUAUUGUGGGAAGCGCAUACUAUGUGGCACCAGAAGUUCUCCACAGAUCUUACAGUUUGGAAGCAGACAUCUGGAGUAUUGGGGUGAUUACCUACAUUUUGUUAUGUGGAAGCAGACCAUUCUGGGCAAGGACUGAAUCUGGUAUUUUUCGCACAGUAUUGAGAGCUGACCCUAACUUUGAGGACUUGCCUUGGCCUUCUGUGUCCCCCGAGGCCAAGGACUUCGUAAAGAGGCUUUUAAAUAAGGACUAUCGUAAGAGGAUGACUGCUGCUCAAGCUUUGAUGCAUCCAUGGUUGCGCAGUGAAAGCCAUCCUAUUCCUUUGGAUAUAUUGGUCUAUAAGUUGGUGAAGUCAUAUCUGCAUGCUACACCUCUCAAACGUGCAGCACUAAAGGCUCUUUCUAAAGCUUUAACGGAAGAUGAACUGGUUUACCUAAGAGCUCAAUUUAUGCUUCUGGAACCUAGUAAAGAUGACCGUGUCUCGAUUGAGAACUUCAGAAUGGCUCUUUUAGGAAAUGCUACUGAUGCUAUGAAGGAGUCAAGGGUGCCCGAUAUUCUGAAUGCGAUGACAGCAUUGUCAUAUAAGAAGUUGGAUUUUGAAGAGUUUUGUGCGGCUGCAAUCAGCACGUAUCAAUUGGAGGCCCUCGAGGAAUGGGAGCAGAUUGCAGCAGUGGCAUUUCAACAUUUUGAGCAAGAGGGAAAUCGGCAUGUUUCCGUGGAGGAAUUGGCCAGGGAACUGAAUGUGGGACCAACUGCUCAUUCCAUUCUCAGAGAUUGGAUAAGAAGUGAUGGAAAACUCACUUUGCUUGGAUAUACCAAAUUUUUGCAUGGUGUGACUCUUCGUAGUGCACAUAUGAGACAUCAUUAGCUGCUCAUCAAACAGAAAAAAUAUAUGAGACAUCAUUAGCAACAAUAUCUUCAAUUUCUUAACUCUCUUUUGAAUAGCGUUUGGCAAAUGAUAGAAAUGAACUGUUGAUUUUAAAAAAGGUAGUGAUGACAUGGCAGAGAUUUUUUUGUUACUUCCUGCUUUCCUA